AUGGGAAAAACAGCGCCCAAUAAGAAAAAGACUCCGGCAUCAAUCCACUCCCGCGCCGCCAAACGAGCAUCCUCCCCUGGCAUUGACCUCGACAAGUCCCUCAAAGACCUCAAACCCCCAGAAAACGCUAAAACCUCUCGUCCCUCCGUCCUCGCCGUCCAUCAAGGAGCAGGCAUAUCGAAGAAGUCCAAAAAUGGCCGGAAAUCAGUAUUGAGCUCAAAGGCGCGGAAGCGACAAGAGAAAGGACUCGAUCGCGCAGAGGCGUUCAUGGAUAAGAAGGAGUUGAAGGUUGAGAAGAGUAAGGAUCGGGCGAGAACGGUGCAGGAAAGGAGCAAGGCGUGGGAGGAUCUGAAUAAGAAGAUUCUAGCGAAGAAGGAGGCCGAGGAGGCGGAACGGUUGAAUAAGGAGAAUGGGGAUUGGGAGGAUGAGGAUGAGAUGGUGGACGAGGAGGUGGUGGUCGAGAAGGAGAUGAGCGAUGAUAUUCCGGAAUCAGUUCCAUUGCCAGAGGAAGAUCAGGAUGAGAUAUUAUAG